AUGUCAUCCGCUGCGAAUCCAAGCAUACCAGUGCCCGAUUACCCUUUAGAUGACAACCCACCCAGCUACUCUGCUGCGAUCCAAUCUACCGAGCCAUCACCUGGAUUACUUACUCCAGGGCCCGGAAUAUACUCUGUGAUCGGACAGAGUCGCUACCAUGGCUCCACAUCUUCCCUAGCCCUGAGCCACUCUAACACGGGCACCAAUGAAGGGAAACGCAGACUACUCCUGGUCUACAUCCAUGGAUUCAUUGGAUCCGAAGAUAGCUUUCAUCACUUUCCUAAACAUGUUCAUGAUCUUUUAACAAUAUCGCUAAGUAAGAGCCACGUGGUCUAUACGAAGAUCUACCCUCGGUAUAAGACUCGAGGACCGGUGCAUAUAGCCCGAGACAAUUUUAGCCAAUGGCUUUCACCGCAUGAAGCGCCAGAUCUAGAUAUUAUUCUCCUAGGUCACAGCCUGGGAGGCAUCGUCGCAGCAGAAGUUGCACUGAUGCCAACACAGUCUGCAACUGGGCGUGUGAACACGGGACUGAAUCAUCGGAUAUUAGGACUUGUCAACUUCGAUGUACCUUUCUUUGGACUUCACCCUCGCGUGGUGACCACUGGAAUUGGAAGACUCUUCCGCCACAAACUGGAUGAAACGAGCGACACCACCAAUUCGGUUACAUCCAUGAAUGAGGGCAUCGGCAGUCCAGACACGACGUUUAACCCAGCCUUCCAGAAUGAUGUGAAAUUAACGCGGUGGACUGGAUGGGAUGGGGCAUGGCAUUUCAUUUCGAAGUACUCACAUCACCUUUCGAGGUCGAUUCUGCAGUAUGCUUAUUCGUAUUAUGACCACGCCGGAUGUAUGAACAACUACCCUGAGCUGUUCAAACGACAUAAACAGUUGAUGAAGCUGGAGGCCAUCGAUGAGCUUCAGGAGCAGAAGGCUCAGAGCCGAGGUGCUGCACGAGUCCGAUUCGUGAAUUACUUCACCAAGAGUACGGGGAUAGUGCGAGCAGAUAGGACGGACAAAACGUUGGAAGCACACAUAGUCGAGAAUGAGGGCCUACAUAAACCGAAUCACCAGCAAAGCAUGGAGAGUACAACGGAUAUGCUCGAAGUCGACUACAAACCCGGUCGGAGAAAAUCAGCGCCACCUUGCUCAGUUGAUGCCGAUGAAUUGCUGGGGAGCAAGAAUGUUAUGCGUCCUAAAUCAAGUGGUUCCCAGCCUUCAACGUUGCAUUCAGAGUCCGCUGUGACGAUGAUUGAGGAAAGCACCGUAUCGGACGGCCAAGAUGAGGACACUACAGUGACCCGUGAGAGUUCACACCAGUCCCAGGAAGCUCGCCGACAGUUCUGCUACCUCCCGAAAGAUGCAUACCGCGGCAGAGAGCACCUGUGGAUCCCAGUGCAUAUGGAGGGCAUAGACGAGAUCACGGCUCACCAGUCAAUGUUUCUUCCGCAGGGUACAUACUAUGACAAGCUUGUUGGAGAUACGGUAGCUUUCAUUGAGCGUUGGAUAAGCGAUGACCUGACGAAACGAGCUAUUUUGGGUGGUUUUUUUUAG